AUGGCCCGCACAAAGCAGACGGCGCGUAAGUCGACGGGCGGGAAGGCGCCCCGCAAGCAGUUGGCCACCAAGGCGGCCCGCAAGAGCGCGCCGGCCACGGGCGGCGUGAAGAAGCCGCACCGCUACCGGCCCGGCACGGUGGCGCUGCGCGAGAUCCGGCGCUACCAGAAGUCCACGGAGCUGCUGAUCCGCAAGCUGCCCUUCCAGCGCCUGGUGCGCGAGAUCGCGCAGGACUUCAAGACCGACCUGCGCUUCCAGAGCUCGGCCGUGAUGGCGCUGCAGGAGGCGAGCGAGGCCUACCUGGUGGGGCUCUUCGAGGACACCAACCUCUGUGCCAUCCACGCCAAGCGCGUCACCAUCAUGCCCAAGGACAUCCAGCUGGCCCGUCGCAUCCGCGGCGAGCGCGCCUGA